AUGUUCCCUCCUCCUCCGGUCGGCAAUUUAAACAGAAGAUACAAAGAGAUACAGGCCUCGUAUAAUGAAGAUUACAAGAGGUUUCUGUUGCAACUUUCUGAGAGGCUGCAUACUUUGGGGACACCACGACCUAUUGAGGCUUCAUUGGCAUACCAGGUGGAAAUCAAAAGCGCCCAAGCAAAACUCAAGAAGGCUGUGGCUAUGGAUUGGGAGAACCUUCUGCGCUCUAUGCCGGAAGUAACCUGUCCUUAUUGUUUCCACGCCUUUCCAGCGAAUGAGAUGGCCAAUAUUGAAAAAUGGCAUUCGCAUGUAAAGAAAGACCUUGAUCCAUAUGUUUGUCUUUUUGAGGAAUGUGAAACCCCAGAAGAGCUUUUCAGCCACAGCAAUGAUUGGCUUGAACACAUGAGAGGACAUAAUUUGCGCUGGCAAUGCAACUCUAAAUCACACGGCGUGCAGCGGUUCACCUCCAGAGAUGCUUAUCUCGCCCACAUAAAGGAGAUACACCCAAGCUCAUGUACUAGAUCGCAACUUGAUAUUCUCGCCGACAGAAGCACUCGGAAAAUAAGUCGCGUAUUUAACUCAUGCCCAUUGUGUGGGAAGGUAGAUGUCAACUAUGAUAGCCUUGUGGCUCAUGUUGUUGGCCAUUUGAGAUUGCUUGCUGUGAAAUCUCUCCCUCCAUACGAGCAUGAUGAUGAUGUCUAUCAGCCAUCAGAUACUGAUGACGCCAGUCGUGGUAAAAGCAUCCCAGCUUCAGAGGGAGAACGUGGUGGUUCCGACCAAAUGAGCAUUGAUACUACCAUCUUGGGCAGUCAAGGGCAAGAUUCGCAAUUGAACUACGAUAUGAAUAAUUCAACCUUCUUUGUUGACGAAUCAGAGUUUGAUGGGAUUCCAGAACAUGACCGCUGGAAAUUUGAAUGGGGACCUAUCUUGAACUUUGUCCAACCAGAUCCCCUUGCCUUUGAUCCAGUAAUACGGAACAUGACGGCUCUUGCUUCUGUGAGGGAUCGUGAUAAUAAUCCAGAAAGACGCCCGGCAGAUUCGUCAUGGUACAAUCCUAAUCAUAUAGCCAUACAAGAUAUGGAUCCGUCUUCAAGGUGGGUCGAUUGCAUGAUAAAAAUUUCCCGCAUCCUAAGCGAUACCCUGGAAAACGGAAAUUCCAUUAUGGAUCUCGCGCACUUCCGCGUGGCCAUCCUUGGCGAUGAUUAUGACUGGGGAAGUGAUGUCCAAUUUUUUGGAGACAAAAUCCUCCACCAAAGAAAUUUCAGAACGCGCGAUCCUUCUUUGAAACCUAUGACCUUCAGUAACAGAGGAAGGAUUACCCAAGCAAUAUCUAUGAUGUGUCCACAAGCAGGUUUCCUCCUGGCCGGGUUAGAUUCGCACUACAGUGCUAGCAGGGGAAUUAUUCUCUGCACAGCAAAAAGCGUAUCCAGGGCAGUGAGAUGGGCAACCUCCCACCGGGCCUCAAUCAUUUGUUUGCCUGAAGCAAUUGAGCGCCCGGAGUUGAAGAAAGAAGCAACAGAUCUCAAUAACGCGGUGGAUGAAGCCCUAGAUGCGGGGAUUCUCAUAUUUUCCUCUACUAGGAACUUGAGGGAAUGGGACAACCGUAUCUACGCUGUAUCUGCGCACCACUCGGAAUGUUUCAGAAUUGGAGCUGUUGAAGAUUUUAGCACAACACAACCAGGGUUAUACUUUGAUAACGUCGACUUUCUGUUCCCCGGAUAUUUUCUCAUGCAGACGGACUCCGCGGACUUGGGUAUUAAAGACUUGUCUUUCUUCCAGAGAUCUGGGCCGUCGGUGGCAACAGCUUUUGCUACUGGCUUAGCAGCAUUGAUUCUAAGCUGUGGACACCUUUUCAAUUCUGAGUCUAGUGAAGGGAAGUGGCCUCAGUGGGCUACGGGUGACCUUCCGCACCAGGAUAUGAAAGACGUCUUCCGGGCUAUUGGAACUGGUGUAGAAAGUGUUCACAAGUUUGUGGAAGUCUGGAACUUUUUUGAUAAUGUCAUUGCAGAGUGUGAGCAAGCUCCAUCAGACCAGCGGACGAAAAUUCUGGCGCAGAUACCAGAAAGACUCGAGGCUAGGCGGCUGGCAUUCCUCUUUCCAGACGAUAUGGACGAACCUGAAAGUAAUUUCUCACACAAUUCGAUAUCGGCCGAACCUCUUGGCCUCAUUUCGGCACCUAAUUAUCCUGGCAAUCCUUGGGGUUUUGGAUCGCUAGAGCCACCUUGGGACAUGUCCAACUCAGCUCCCAUCAAUCUUCCUGCAUAUCCAGCCCCAGAGCACAACCCUCCUCCAAGCUUGAUUGAACCUUGGGGUUUGGAAUCGCCAGAACCACCUUGGGAUAUGUCCAACUCAGAUCUUUUCAAUCUUCCUGCGUAUCCAAUCCUAGAGUACAACCCUCCUUCACGCUUGAUUGAAUCGAAUCUACCCAUGGAUAACCGUGAAAACCAAGAUUCAUACAUGGAGCGGCAUACAUUUAUCAGACAGCACCAGCCAUAUCAGUCACUCGACACAGACAGCUUUACACUUUUCAGACCGUCCCAGGCACAUGUGCCCUUCCCAACAACGCGCUAUCCAUUCCCCAAACUCGAUAUACCAAAGCAAUCUCCGGAUCAUUACGAAAAUCAUCCUGACUUUCAUGAGACUGGCAAGGGCGAUUGGAGUGAUGAUAGUGAUGAAGAAACAUACCCUCCUAGUUCAAAAAUCUAA